UUUGUUUUAAUUAAUUAAUUAUUGCAAUUUAACAGAAAUAAAUGUGAACGGUGGAGCAAACGCAAAAUGGGUACUUUUUGCGUUCAAGGUUGAGUUUGAGUUUGUAAACAAACACAAAAAUCUGGGAGGAGGAGCGACUUUUGCGCUGGAAUCAAACAUUUUGUGUUUAUGUUCAAAAACUAUGUUUGUGUUUACUUGCGCAAACAACCUAAUACCUUGACACCGUAGAAAUAAACACUAAAAACCCAUAAUUGAAAUAAAAUACUACUAAACGUAUAAUUGUAGCUUAUGUACAUAAAUCGUAACCAACAAUUUGCGCGACACCCAACCUUUGUAACUACUUAACACGCGUAAUUAUAAUUUACCAGUGUUUCUAUAAAAUUGGAACUGAAAUUCUAUCUUGCCACAAUCUUUUCCUUCGGAAAAUAUAAUAACAACACCUCCAAGGUUUUGCCGUCCCAAAGAACCCUAAAAAUAUAUUCGAGCUGACAUAAACACAAUUAAUUUGUAACCAUGUCCAAGAAAUUACGACAACCGGAUCUCACACACGAAGAUAUUCCACAUUCCCAAGAAGGCGACGUAAAGUUUGAAGUAUUUUCAGUCGCUAAAAAUGAAGCCAUCGUUAAAACUGAAGUGUUUGAAACGUGCCAACUAUCUUGUCCCACUUGUGGAGAAGUUUUCCAGGCAGGGAGGGAUUUAGAGAUGCAUUCUUGUCCCCAAGGGACGACCCAGAUAAAUUAUCCAUUACCGUGUUCCUUAUGUGGAAAAACAAUCCCCCUGGGAAACAAGGAAGCAGAAGGUCAAUGUUGUACAAUCGUUAAACCCCUGGCCAAGUACAGUUGCAACAGAUGUGGGCGCACCUUCGACAGGCGAUUUAACUUUGAGCGACACAUUAAGCGAGACCGUGACUGCAACCCAGACCUGGAGAAAUUUCAAGUGACCUCACGGUCAUCUUCCCGGGAACUACGAUGUCCUCACCCCGGAUGCAGACGGACCUACUUGAAACCUUCAGAAUUCACCAAACAUGUCAAAGUUCACAGUUCGGAGAGACCAAUCACCUGCGCACGAUGCGGCAACGGGUACAAAUUGCUCAAGACACGAAUGUGUCGUAAAUGAGAGCAAGUUUGGGGACAAUCAUACCACUUGUCAUCGGUGUGGGGCUCGGUUCAAGAAACGAAAAUAUUUAACAGCUCACCUCCGAGAGAAGAAUGAAUGCACCAGAUUAGCUGCGACGAAUACUUCGUCAAAAGUACAAGGUGCAGAAGAUUUUUCGCCUGACAUGAUUUUCCUCGAAAAAGGAGCGCCCCAUUCUGACGAGAUAAUCAUCAAGUAGGAAGUCAUCCUAGGUACCCAAGAAGAAGAGAUGUCAGCCAGGGAAGAUCCAGACGACUUAUUUUUAUAACCAGGGCUGGGUCAUCGUGUCGAUUGAUGGCAAAAAAAAUGUGAACCACAGGCCUUCCUAAAUUAGAUAAAUAGAAGUAUAAAAACAUAUCAAGAAUGUUGGCAAAUAUUUAAAUAUAGGGACUUAAUUUCCCCUGGCAUUUCAUUUGGAUGGAAUUGACUGAUUUGUAUUUUUUUAAUAAAAA